UACCGGUGCCGCGGCUUCCGGUCCGGGUUAACGCGGCUUAGGUACGCUGCGUGGUUUGUGUGGCGUUGAGGACAGACUUCGGAGGGCGAGUCAGUGGGUGAAGAGGCGAGUAUCGGCGUCUGAACUCAGAAGUCUGGAGUCUAGUGGGAGGAUAGGAAAAAAGGCCGGGAACCCGAAUACAAUCUAACCUCUGUUUCCGAGGGGGCAGCUUCCACGGGAACCCCUCUGCCCUGGUAACGGCCAAAGAGGAGAUGGCGCCAGUCAGGGAGCGGCCGUGGCCGACACAGUGAGGAAGCUUGAAGGCGGAGCAACCGGAGAAGCCUCGGGAGAACAGCCAGAGCCGUCGCUGCCGCUACCACUGCCACCACCAUGGAAGGGGCAAAGCCGACUUUGCAGCUCGUAUACCAGGCAGUGCAGGCGCUUUACCACGACCCAGAUCCCAGCGGAAAGGAGCGCGCCUCAUUUUGGCUUGGGGAGCUGCAGCGUUCGCCUCUUUGAAAUGUGCUGCUGGUGGGAGCUGCAGCUUCCUCCUGCUGACUCUGAGCCCCAGGCUUCGGUUGAGAUGGUCCUUUCAGAAAUGUGGAGCUUAGUCCAAGCCUGGAUUUCAGUGGGUAGCACCUGGCAUCUGUGGCUAGAAAGUCCUAUGAAGUGUUCAUGCAUGGGAGAUUUCAGACCAAUUGUUACAGAUCCGACAGGAUGUGGAAUCAUGCUACUUUGCUGCACAGACCAUGAAAAUGAAGAUUCAGACCUCAUUUUAUGAGCUCCCCACAGAUUCUCAUGCCUCUUUACGGGACUCAUUACUAACCCAUAUCCAGAACUUGAAAGACUUGUCACCUGUCAUUGUAACGCAGCUCGCUUUAGCAAUAGCAGACCUUGCCCUACAAAUGCCUUCCUGGAAGGGAUGUGUACAAACAUUGGUGGAAAAAUAUAGCAAUGAUGUAACUUCUCUGCCUUUUCUGCUGGAAAUCCUUACAGUGUUACCUGAAGAAGUGCAUAGUCGUUCCUUACGAAUUGGGGCUAACCGGCGUACAGAAAUUAUAGAAGAUUUGGCCUUCUACUCUAGUACAGUGGUAUCUCUAUUGAUGACCUGUGUAGAAAAAGCAGGAACAGAUGAGAAAAUGCUUAUGAAGGUCUUUCGCUGUUUGGGAAGUUGGUUUAACUUAGGAGUUUUGGACAGUAACUUCAUGGCUAACAAUAAGUUACUAGCACUCCUUUUUGAGGUUUUGCAACAGGAUAAGACUUCAUCCAACCUACAUGAAGCUGCUUCAGAUUGUGUGUGCUCAGCUCUCUAUGCCAUUGAGAAUGUGGAGACUAACUUGCCAUUAGCCAUGCAACUUUUUCAAGGAGUCCUAACAUUGGAGACUGCUUAUCAUAUGGCCGUGGCACGUGAAGAUUUAGACAAAGUUCUGAAUUACUGCCGUAUUUUCACUGAACUAUGUGAAACUUUUCUUGAAAAGAUUGUUUGUACUCCAGGCCAAGGUCUUGGUGACCUCCGAACUCUGGAACUGCUGCUUAUUUGUGCAGGACAUCCUCAGUAUGAGGUAGUAGAAAUUUCCUUUAACUUUUGGUACCGACUAGGGGAGCAUUUGUACAAAACUAAUGAUGAAGUUAUUCAUGGAAUCUUCAAAGCUUACAUUCAGAGGCUGCUUCAUGCCUUGGCUCGACACUGCCAGCUAGAACCAGACCAUGAGGGGGUUCCUGAGGAGACUGAUGACUUUGGAGAGUUUCGGAUGAGGGUAUCAGAUCUGGUGAAAGACUUGAUUUUCUUGAUUGGGUCUAUGGAGUGUUUUGCUCAGUUAUAUUCUACUCUGAAAGAAGGCAACCCACCCUGGGAGGUGACAGAAGCGGUUCUCUUUAUCAUGGCUGCUAUAGCAAAGAGUGUUGAUCCGGAGAACAAUCCAACACUUGUGGAGGUCCUAGAAGGAGUUGUCCGUCUUCCAGAGACUGUACAUACAGCUGUGCGAUAUACCAGCAUUGAAUUGGUUGGAGAGAUGAGCGAAGUGGUUGAUCGAAAUCCUCAAUUUCUUGAUCCCGUGUUGGGCUAUUUGAUGAAGGGCCUGUGUGAAAAGCCUCUGGCUUCUGCUGCAGCCAAAGCCAUUCAUAACAUUUGCUCUGUCUGCCGAGACCACAUGGCUCAGCACUUUAAUGGACUCCUGGAGAUUGCCCGUUCCCUUGAUUCCUUCAUGUUGUCUCCAGAAGCUGCUGUGGGCUUGCUAAAAGGGACAGCACUUGUCCUAGCCAGAUUACCUUUGGAUAAGAUUACUGAAUGCCUUAGUGAACUAUGUUCUGUUCAGGUUAUGGCAUUGAAAAAGCUGUUGUCUCAGGAGCCCAGCAAUGGCAUAUCCUCAGAUCCCACUGUGUUCUUAGAUCGCCUUGCAGUAAUAUUUAGACACACCAAUCCCAUUGUGGAAAAUGGACAAACUCAUCCUUGCCAAAAAGUCAUACAGGAAAUAUGGCCAGUUUUAUCUGAGACUCUAAAUAAACACCGGGCUGAUAAUCGGAUUGUAGAGCGUUGUUGCAGGUGCCUCCGCUUUGCUGUUCGCUGUGUAGGCAAAGGAUCUGCAGCCCUGCUGCAGCCACUAGUUACACAGAUGGUGAAUGUAUACCACGUACAUCAGCAUUCCUGUUUCCUGUACCUUGGCAGUAUCCUCGUGGAUGAAUAUGGCAUGGAAGAGGGCUGUCGGCAGGGACUCCUAGACAUGCUUCAGGCACUGUGCAUCCCCACCUUUCAGCUGCUGGAACAGCAGAAUGGGCUCCAGAAUCACCCUGACACUGUGGAUGAUCUGUUCAGGCUGGCCACCAGGUUUAUUCAGCGUAGCCCUGUUACCUUGCUGAGAAGCCAAGUGGUCAUCCCUAUCUUACAGUGGGCCAUUGCUUCUACUACCCUGGACCACCGGGAUGCCAAUUGCAGUGUCAUGAGGUUCCUACGAGACCUUAUCCAUACAGGGGUAGCCAAUGAUCAUGAAGAAGAUUUUGAAUUACGGAAAGAACUGAUUGGACAAGUGAUGAACCAGCUUGGACAGCAGCUUGUAAGCCAGCUGCUCCACACAUGCUGCUUUUGUCUGCCCCCCUAUACCCUACCAGAUGUGGCUGAAGUACUCUGGGAGAUCAUGCAGGUUGACAGACCGACUUUUUGUCGAUGGUUAGAGAACUCCUUGAAAGGUUUGCCAAAGGAGACAACUGUGGGAGCGGUCACAGUGACACACAAACAACUUACAGAUUUCCACAAACAAGUCACUAGUGCUGAGGAAUGUAAACAAGUUUGCUGGGCCUUGCGGGACUUCACCAGGUUGUUUCGAUAGCUUACACUCCUGCACUGUGCCUGUCACCCAGGAAUGUCUUUUUUAAUUAGAAGACAGGAAGAAAAAAAAACCAGACUGUGUCCCACAAUCAGAAACCUCCAUUGUGGCAGAGGGGCCUUCACCGCCACCACGGCGUUCCGCCAGACAGGAAGAGACUCCAGCCUUCAGAGGCCAUCCUGAGGAGUUCCUGUUUGGGGGUGUGAGGGAAAAUCAGCGCGGUUUAAAAAAAGAUGGCUGCGGGCCUGUCCGGCGUGGUGGGAGGGGAGCUGGUUUCCUGGUGAACUUGUUUCAAAAGGAAAAAUAAUUUUAAAGAAAUAAAAAAGGAAAAAAAGGAAAACUAAACUGAAAACAGAACUGAAA